UAAACAUUUUUCCCCGCGGAAUUCUGGAAAGUGUAGGUCCCAGAGCUCCGUGUAGUCGCAACCACUUCAUUUCAGGGAGGGCCGUGCUGGGGCAUCUGGGAAAUGUAGUCCAGAAGCUCCUUGUAGUCACAGGCACUUCCGCCCCAGGAGGACGAUGUAGCAGCCAUCUUUUCCGUGGUUAUGCUGAUUCAGGUCGGUUGUUCACGACCCAUUCAAACUUCCCCGAAUUGCGCCUGGGGCCAAAAGCUACCGGCUUUUUGUUUGGGGAGAAAGAAGAGGAACGGCUAACAGCGGAGGUUAGAGGGGGAGAUGCCCUGACUUCUCAAAAAGCACUCCACGCAGGAGAAAACAGAGCUCCACUCCGUUUUCCUAGGACUCUGUUUCCCCAGAAGGAAAAAGAAAAAAUGAGCAUGUUCAAGGACGCAGUGACGUUCAAGGACGUGGCUGUGGGCUUCACGGAAGAGGAGCUCGGACUGCUGGACUCCGCCCAGAGGAAGCUGUACCAGGAUGUGAUGGUAGAAAACUUCAGAAACCUGGUCUCAGUGGGACAUCAGCCCUUCAGGCGAGACAUAUCACAUGUAGAAAGAGAAGAGAGGCUUUGGAUGAUGAAGACAUCACCCCAGAUAGAGAGAAAUUUAGGUGAUAACAAUCAAAGUGAGUUGAGGACUGUUCAAGACCGAGGACCACAUGAAGAGCUUUCCUGCUGGCAGAUCUGGCAACAAAUUGUAAAUGACUUAACCAGGUGUCAAGAGUCCAUGAUAAAAAGUUCUCAGUUCCACAAAAAAGGUGAAUCCCUCUGUCAGGUUGGGGCAGGACUGUCUGUUCAAAUUUCUGAAGAGGAGAACUGUGUACUAAAUUAUAAAAUGGAUGGUCCCAGUGACACUGGAAAUCCAGAGUUUCCAACUUUGAGAGCCCAGGAUUCUUGGAAGAAAGCUUCCCUGACAGAGACCCAAAAUUACCAAAAUAGAUAUCCACAAAUUUCCAGUGAAAAUAAACUGUGUCGAUGUAAAUGGGAUGUUGACACCAUCAGUUGGAUAUCAUAUUACCUCAACGAUCUUGCAGUACACAAAAGUGAAAACUCUUAUAGCAACAAUGAUUAUGGAAGAGAUAGCAUGAAAAUUUCAGCAUUGGAUCAUAAUAGUAUGAUUCACCCAGGACAAAAACUUUACCAGUGUAAUGACUAUAAAAAAAAUUUCAGUGAUCUCUCCACCUUUGAUCGUCAUCAGCAAUUACACUCAAAAGAGAAGUCUCAAAAUUGCAGUGAGCGUGGAAAAAGCUUCUACUAUAGCUCAGCGCUCCAUGUUCAUCAGAGAGUUCACUUGAGAGAGAAACGCUAUACCAGUGAUACGUGUGGUAAGGAAUUCAGUCAGAGCUCACAUCUGCAAACUCAUCAGAAAGUCCACACUGUAGAGAAACCAUUCAAAUGUGAGGAAUGUGGGAAAGUCUUCAGUCGUAGAUCAGCACUUACUGUUCAUGGUAAAUUACACACGGGAGAGAAACCUUAUAAUUGUGAGGAGUGUGGGAGGGCCUUCAGUCAGGCCUCCCAUCUUCAGGACCAUCAGCGAGUCCACACUGGGGAGAAACCAUUCAAAUGUGAUGCAUGUGGUAAGAGCUUCAGUCGGAAUUCACAUCUUCAGUCCCACCAGAGAGUGCACACAGGAGAGAAACCAUAUAAAUGUGAAGAGUGUGGGAAGGGCUUCAUUUGUAGCUCAAAUCUAUACAUUCAUCAGAGGGUUCACACAGGAGAAAAACCCUACAAAUGUGAGGAAUGUGGUAAAGGCUUUAGUCGGCCUUCAAGUCUCCAAGCUCAUCAAGGAGUCCACACUGGAGAGAAAUCAUACAUAUGUAAUGUGUGUGGUAAAGGCUUUACUCUGAGUUCAAAUCUUCAAGCACAUCAGAGAGUCCAUACUGGAGAGAAACCAUACAAAUGCGAUGAAUGUGGGAAGAGCUUCAGGAGGAACUCCCAUUAUCAAGUUCAUCUGGUAGUCCACACAGGAGAAAAACCCUAUAAAUGUGAGGUAUGUGGAAAGGGCUUCAGUCAGAGUUCAUAUCUUCAAAUCCAUCAGAAGGCUCACAGUGUGGAGAAACCUUACAAGUGCGAGGAAUGUGGGCAGGGCUUCAAUCAGAGUUCACGACUUCAGAUUCACCAGCUGAUCCAUACUGGAGAGAAACCAUACAAAUGUGAAGAGUGUGGGAAGGGAUUCAGCCGUAGAGCAGAUCUUAAAAUUCACUGCAGAAUCCACACAGGAGAGAAACCGUAUAAUUGUGAGGAGUGUGGAAAGGUAUUCAGGCAGGCCUCAAAUCUUCUGGCCCAUCAGAGAGUCCAUAGUGGAGAAAAGCCAUUCAAAUGUGAUGAGUGUGGGAAGAGCUUUGGGCGGAGUUCACACCUUCAAGCCCAUCAAAAAGUCCACACUGGAGAAAAGCCAUACAAAUGUGAGGAGUGUGGGAAGGGCUUUAAGUGGAGCUUGAAUCUUGACAUGCAUCAGAGGGUCCACACGGGAGAAAAACCGUAUAAGUGUGGAGAGUGUGGGAAGCACUUCAGUCAGGCCUCAAGUCUUCAACUUCAUCAGAGUGUCCACACGGGAGAGAAACCGUACAAAUGUGAUGUGUGUGGUAAAGUCUUUAGUCGGUCUUCACAACUGCAAUCUCACCAGAGAGUUCACACAGGGGAGAAACCUUACAAGUGUGAGAUAUGUGGUAAGAACUUCAGUUGGCGAUCAAAUCUUACAAUUCAUCACAGAAUCCAUGCUGGUGAUAAAUCCUAUAAAAGCAAUAGGGCUGGUAAGAACAAGAGAUAGUCCACAGAGAUAAAAACUUUUAUAAAAUAAA